AAAUGAUAAACGAGCAAGUGCCUAUGUUAUCAGAUUCAUAAGAUUGUCUGUUCAAACGUUUAUUAUCUGUUCCAUGAAGUCAAACCUCUUUCAUUACGUUACAUGCACCCUAUCAAACGAGAUCACCAAUUAUAACAAGGCUAUAAUGUCAAUCGCCACCUACGAAGAAAUUCUGGAUCUUCCCAACCAUCCGGAGAAACUGCUGGUGGAUGUUCGUGGCACGGACGAGGUCAAAGAAAAGGGUGCUAUUCCCACCAGUAUCAACAUACCGCUUCCUAUUCUGGAAGAUGAACUGAAACUAUCGGCCGAAUCCUUCAAGGAUAAAUAUGGACGUGUGAAACCACUGCCGCAGACAGAAGUUAUCUUCCACUGCAACAAGGGUGGUCGGGCUCAGAAGGCAACCGACCUGGCCACCGGACUCGGUUUUGGAAAUGCGAGAAACUACAAAGGGUCAUUCACUGAAUGGCUAUCCAAACAGGAGAAGUGAGUUUGUUACCGAUAUGAAUAACAAAUAAUAGUGAUAAUAAAAAUUUUU